AUGGAGAAGGCCAAUAGUGUCUCUACACCUUUUAAGACACAUUUUAAAUUGAGCUUUGACCUUUGUCCUUUAAACGAUGAUGAGAAAGAAGAUAUGAACAAUAUUUCUUAUGGUUUUACUAUUGGAAGUCUUAUUUAUGACAUGGUUAGUACAAGACCAGAUAAUGCUCAUGUCGUUGGCAUUAUACUGACUUUGAAGAUACUCGUCUUGCUGGAUAUUGUAUUAUUCUCAACUAUUUAUCUCCUAACUCACUAUUUCUUAAAGGGUGCCGAAAGAUUACAAGUAAUUGGAUUAGUCUGUCUAGUUUGUAACAUCCUUGUAUUUAUGUCCCCUCUUGGAGUGUUGAGAACAGUUGUGCGAACAAGGAACGUAGACUCUAUGCCUUUGCCAUUAUCACUCGCCUUAACAAUGAACGCUAUCACUUGGUUCUUCUACGGUUUAUUGCAAAAGGACUACUAUAUCACGGUUCCGAAUGUUUUGGGCAUUGGAUUUGGGAUCAUACAAAUCGUUGUUUAUCUGUGGUACAGUGGCUACAAGAACGUUCCAGAAGAUCAGAAGUUGCCCAUUUCCAUGGCUACCAUCAAAGAGAACAAUAGUGAUAAUGAUCAUCAAAAGAAGAAAGUGUCGGUCCAAGCUAUGUUGUCUUGA